CAGGCUGGGUCGGAGAGCACCGCUGCCCCGGCGCCCCCAAACGGGUUAAAGGACCAUACGGGAAGAGCAUAUAUCGCCGCGCAUCGAUUCCACGGUGACGAGCGCGCCCCGGAAGGGCAGCACCAUCACACCAGUAUGACCUACCUGGCCUACAAGCGCCUCACGACGCGCCGGAAGAACGCGAAGAUCGAAGCGAGGAACCAGCAGCGCCGCACGCUGAAAGAGCUCGCCGAGCGCCGCGGCGACACCCCCGCAAAAAACUCAACGCCGGGCAGGGCCAAAACGCGUCUUGAGCUGAGGGCCUUAGCCCCGACACUCCAAGGCUCGGCCGACGCCUUCACCUGGUUCCGCGAUAGGACCACGAAAGCCGCUCCAAACGGACGAGGCUGGUACUUUCUCACAAGUGAAGGGUGGACGGAGUUCGGCCCGCGGCAGUGCGAGGUCAUCGAAAAAACCUUUACUCGAGACAAGCAACGCCUCGUCAAGGUGCCGGCGGGCCAUAAUAUUGUUGAGAAGUGCGUCGUUGAUUUGGAUCGGAUGUUGGUUGUGGAUCCGGUCCUUCCCGAUUUCGCGUCCGCGACCGAGCCAUUACCUCCAGCAUUACCAGUGAGACGCGUGGCGAACCCGGAUUCCGUGAAGAAGUGGAGGUACUCCCUUUCUAUAGAUGAGGCGCCGCAUGAAGCCUUUGAUGCCAAUGAUUCUGAAUUACUUUCACUAGCGGAAGAAACGGGCCGGCCCUGCGUCGUGCUCUACGAUUCGGACCGAGCCAUCGUCGUCGAUCUGGCCAAGAAACGCUGGGUCGACGGUUUAUUUGCCUUGGGUGUCGACGACGACGCCGAGGAGUUUUCCGGAAGAGUGAAGAAAGAUGCGACGGUCACGGAGCGGGACCUGCCCGUGGCGACGCCCGUGACGUCAUCGGCGCCAUUGCGUGAGGAGCUCCACUCCGAGGACGAUUUGUGUGCGCAGUUGGUGGCCAUGGGGUUUGACCGGCAGAGGGCGGCCGUCGCGCUCGUGGCGACCGAUGGAGAUGUCGAGGAGGCGGCCAUGGUGCUGAGCGGGGGGUAA